AUGAUCAUGGUGUUUGGUGAGAUCACCACCAAGGCCAACCUCGAUUACCAAAAAAUCAUCAGAGAUACCAUCAAGCACAUCGGAUACGAUGACUCCGACAAAGGUUUUGACUACAAGACCUGUAAUGUUCUGGUGGCUAUCGAGCAACAAUCUCCAGACAUUGCUCAAGGUUUGCACUACGACAAGGCUUUGGAGGAGCUUGGAGCCGGUGACCAGGGUAUCAUGUUUGGUUACGCCACCGACGAGACCGACGAGAAGCUGCCAUUGACCAUCCUGUUGGCCCACAAACUGAACGCCGCUCUUGCCGAUGCUAGAAGAUCCGGUGCUCUCCCAUGGUUGAGACCAGAUACCAAGACCCAGGUCACUAUCGAGUACAAGCACGACGGCGGCGCUGUUGUGCCGUUGAGAGUUGAUACCGUCGUUAUAUCUGCUCAGCACGCCGAGGAGAUUUCCACUGAGGAUCUCAGAUCCGAGAUUAAGAAACACAUUGUUCACAAGGUCAUCCCUUCACACUUGCUGGACGACAAGACCAUCUACCACAUUCAACCUUCUGGCAGAUUCGUCAUUGGUGGUCCUCACGGAGAUGCUGGUCUGACCGGUAGAAAGAUCAUUGUCGACACUUAUGGCGGAUGGGGUGCCCACGGUGGUGGCGCAUUUUCCGGGAAGGACUUCUCCAAGGUGGACAGAUCUGCCGCCUACGCUGCUAGAUGGGUUGCCAAGUCUCUGGUCACCGCCGGACUUGCCAGAAGAUGUCUGGUCCAAUUCUCCUACGCUAUCGGUGUGGCAGAGCCUCUUUCGAUCUACAUUGACACCUACGGAACCUCCAAGCUUUCCUCGGAGGAGCUGGUCGCCAUUGUGAACAAAAACUUUGACCUGAGACCGGGUGUCUUGGUCAAGGAGCUUGAUUUGGCUAGACCAAUCUACUUCAAGACUGCCUCGUACGGUCACUUCACAGACCAGUCCAAUCCUUGGGAGCAACCUAAGAAACUGGUUUUAUAG